AUGAAUAAUAUACCUGAUCAUCAAACUCUCUGCGCAUAUGUGCAGGGACUUCAGAACCUUAUUAAUAAUGGAGAUGGGCAAAACGCUUGGGAAUACGCACAAUAUUUGAUAGCAAUGCCUAUAGAGUUUGAAAUACAAGCUACAGGGAGUCAAAUGAUCAAUCCUUUGCCUAUUUAUGGGAUGGAAUUCAAUCAGUGGGUAUAUGAUGAACUUAAGGAUAUAGGAUAUGAUGAAACCACCUGCAAAUUGGGAGCAACUGGGACUGCUACUGUAGAGGAUGCGAUUAAAAAUCUAAAAGAGCAACUAAUUUAUCGGUCUUUAUAG